AUGGUCUCUCCAUCUCAGGCCAUGGUGCUUUCGAAAAUCGUCAGUCCAUCUGAGCCUGGGCCGUCCAAGUCUUCGUUUGUAGGGCGGCGCACGUCAAACUGACAAGCUAAAACAGUCCGGUGUAUGGAUUGGUAAUUUGCCAAAAAAGACGCGAAAAAACGUUUGUCGAGGAAGAAAUGGGGAAUUUGGACAGAGGGAAAAACAUCUUUUGGCCAUAACUUUGCUUGUUUCGUGCGGAAAAAUUGAUUUUUUGUGGAAACAUUACCCUCUAUGGUAGAAAUUGGCAUGCAAAUUUUCGUGCCGAAAUUCGGCAAAAAGUGUCAAAUUUUUGCCGAUUUUCGCUCUAAAAAUCUUGGUUGUUUCUGCAAAGCGCGGGCUAGAUGUCACGCAUGUCUUAAAAAAAUUGUUCUAAAUUUGUGCCGAGUCUCAUCAAAAUCCGAGCGUCGCACUUGGGGUACCCUCUUGUUAUAUAUAAUAGUGUGUCUACGUGUAGUAAAAUAAUCUUUUUUUUCCCUGCUUCUCCAACAAAAAAUCUCAUGUAAUUAUCCAUAAUGGGUAUUCCAAUGACUCUAAAUUUAAUUAAUUUCCUAUCAAAUCGAUAGAAAAUAUCGGAAAUAGCAUAAAUUUCCUCUAAAAUUUCCCAAAUUCUGAUGAAUUUCUUUGUAAAAUACGCCUUAGCUUUUUUCCUUUCGUCAUGCCGGUGUACGGCCGAAACUUUACUGCAGAAACAAGAGCUGAUGGAGAAGAUGAUGAACAGCACUGCGGAUCCGUGCAAAGACUUUUUUGAGUACGCCGCAGGGCAGGCGGACGAGGUGUAUGUCCCAACGACAAUGUAUGAUGACAUUCGAAGCUUGCUCAUGGAUCUUUCGUUGGCUUAUCAGGUGGGAAAUAACGUGAUUGAUGUAGUUCUCGUAUUUUACCUUCAAACUGUUCAUAUUUUAGAUGAAAAAUUUGCGUAUUUUUACCCAAAAAUAUUUGCGUAAUGUUCAAAAAAUUUGUAUAAUUUCAAAAAAAAUUGCGUAUUAGCCGUCUGUCGGAAAAAUAUUGAACAGUCGCAACAAAAAUCGCAUCGCUGCUGAGAAAAUGAAUUGUGUCACGAUAAAAUCAAAUUUCUUUUCAAUUUAGCGACGCGAUCGGCGACAUUGCGCUCAUUAUUUUCCCGACAGAAUGAUAUCAAGAAACUUGCAUCCAAAAAAUUUCAGAGUCUCCAAGAGUUUGCGUAAUCUCUCGGAAAUUUGUGGCACGCUCAGAAAUUCGCAAGUACCAAAAACUCGGAACAUGUGCAAAAAUUUGCAUUGUGACCAAAAAUUUGCAUAAGGCCCAAAAAUUUGCAUAAUAACAAAAAAUUUUCACAAUGACCAUAAAUUUUGCAUAAUGCCCCAAAAUUUGUAUCACGCCCAAAAAUUUGUAUCACGACCAAAAAUUUGCAUAAUGCCCAAAACUUUGCGCCAUGUCCAAAAUUUGCAUAAUCCCCCCAAAAAUCCGCAUAAUUCAGAUAGAAUCGAUCCAAAAGAUCCGAAAAGUCUACACCGACUGUCUAGUCAAGCCCCAAUACGAAGACCCCACAUCAAUCGAGACGUGGGUCAUGAAAGCCGUCAACAAAUUCCCGGACAUUCAAUUCCCAAUCGACGAAAAGGCCCCGAUCAUGACCAAUUUCACUGCCUACAUCGCUCUGGUCCCUGUGGAUACAACAAACUUUACUGUCAUGAUGCCGGAUAUCUUAACCGAAAGUCCGGAUUUGGUAGGGAAAAUUUGUUUUUCAACUGGCUUAUAAAAAUUUGAAUCAGUGCAGCCAAAGAAUUUUUUGCACUGUGCAAUGAAAAAUCUAAAUUUUUAUUUUUCACAGUGCAAAGGAAAAAAUUUUUUUUGCACUGUGCAAUACAAAAAUGUUUCUUUUUCUUUCGCACAGUGCAACGAACAAAAAAUUUGUACAAUGCAGUCAGAAAAAUUUUAUUUAUUUUUUUACACUACGUAAGCAGCAAAAAAAAAUUUUUAAUUUUUGCACUGUGCAUACUAAGAAUUUUUUCAGUUAUGCACUGUGCAAAGCAAAAUUUUUUCUUCUUGUUGUGCACAGUGCAAUAAAAUUUUUUUUUUUUAAUUUUUGCACUGUGCAAUGCAAAAUUUUUCGAUUUUUGUUGUGCACAGUGCAAUACAAUUUUUUUUUAAUUUUUGCACUGUGCAAAGAAAAAAUUUUUUUGCACUGUGCAAUACAAAAAUUUUUCGAUUUUUGCACUGUGCAAUAAAAGAUUUCUUUUUUUAUUUUGCACUGUGCAAUACAUUUUUUUUUAUAUUUUUGAACUGUGCAAUAUAAAAAUUUUUCGAUUUUUGCACUGUGCAAUACAAAAUUUUUUCGAUUUUUGCACUGUGCAAUACAAAAUUUUUUCGAUUUUUGAACUGUGCAAAUCAAACAAAAGUUUUCAGAUUUUCCGUCGAGCCCAGCUGGUGAACGCAUUAUUCCAAAACUUGAUGCAUCGCCGCACCUAUAAAUACCGUAGUUGCGAGCAGUUCAUGGAUGAAACGUAUCCAUUAUACAUCCAAAAACUGGCUUUGGACCGGGCAAAACGAAGAUUAUCGAAUUUUCAAAAUAUGCAAAUUCAGUUUUUCACCUAUGCGAAUAUCUUGAUGGAAGAAGUCGAAAACUCCAUACGAUAUAGCAACACCAGAAGCGACCUCGUCAAGGAUUAUAUGAUCAAUUUAUUGAGAAAAAAUACUUUUGGAUUUUUGGAUUUUCCAAUUUUCGAAAAUUCGAAUUUUAUAAAAUACACGGCGGAUUUGAACGUCGAAAACCCACUGAACGGAAGGAAUUGGAAUAAUUUUAGACCCUUGUUGAAGUUCAAUGGGGAUCAUGGCGGGAGUUAUUUGCAAUUUCCUUGGCUGAAAACUGUAAGUCUUUUUGCACUGUGCAGUAAAAAAAAGAUUUUUUAUUUUUGCACGGUGCAGUCAAGAAAAAUACUUUUUAUUCUCGCACGGUGCAGUCAGAAAAAAAAAAUUUUAUUUUUGCACGGUGCAGUUUAAAAAAAUUAUUUUUGCACUGUGCAGUAAAAAAAGAUUUUUUAUUUUUGCACAGUGCAGUCAAAACAAAUUUUUAUUUUUGCACAGUGCAGUCAAAAAAAAUUGAUUUUUUGCACAGUGCAGUCUACAUUUCUUUUAUUUUUGCACGGUGCAGCUAAAAAAAUUGUAUUUUUGCACAGUGCAGUCUACAUUUUUUUUUAUUUUUGCACAGUGAGGUCAAAAAAUUAUUUUUUGCACGGUGCAGUUAAAAAAAUUGUAUUUUUGCACAGUGCAGUCUACUUUUUUUUGUAUUUUUGCACUGUCCAGUCAAAAAAAAUUGAUUUUUUGCAACGUGCAGUCAAAAAAAAAUUAUUUUUUGCACGGUGCAGUUAAAAAAAUUUUUUUAUUUUUUCACAGUGCGGUAAAAAAAAAUAUUUUUUGCACGGUGCAGUUAAAAAUUUUUUUUUAUUUUUGCACAGUGCGGUCAAAAAAAAAUUUUUUUGCACGGUGCAGUUAAAAUUUUUUUUUAUUUUUGCACAGUGCGGUCAAAAAAAUCCUUUUUAUUUUUGCACAGUGCAGUCAAACACAAAAAAAAAAUUUUUUGCACAAUGCAGCUAACAGCAGAGUUCAAAUCAUUAAUUUUUUCCAGGACGACGCCCAACAUUCCCGCUUGACAAAUGGAAAUUUCUUUACUUGGGGAUAUUUCGAAUACCCGAAAUACGACUCCGCUUGGUCGCCAGUCAUGCAUUUUUCAAGUUUAGCGUUUGUCAUGGCCCAUGAACUGGGCCACAAUUUUGGUGGGCUUUUUUGAAUUUUUCAAAACCGACAAAGAACUAAUCUGCACUGUGCGAGAAAAAUAAAAAUGCAAUUGCACAGUGCAAUUAGACCAAAUCAGGCGGGAUUUCAUUUUAUGCGGUGAAAAUGGCCUGAAAAUUAUCAUGGCGAUCUUUUUUUUCAGCUAUCCAAAUUUCUGCGCCAAGUUUUUGACCUGAAAAAUUUUCGCACAGUGCAGUCAAAAAACUUUUUCGCACGGUGCAAAACCUCGAUUUUUGAAAUUUCGGGGACUUUCGUAUAGCAGUUACUCUUCAUUAAUAAAUGCUGAACCCAAAUGCACUCAUUUUACCUAAGGUUAUGAACUUUUCAGAGCUUCUCAACGUGACUAGCCCAGAGCAUGAAGCCACUACGGAGUGCAUUAUUCAUUUCUACUCAAAGCAAUGCGAUCCCAAACGGCCUAGAUGCCUCAUGUCGGCUAAAACUUAUUUUGAAGACUUUCCCGAUCAAUUAGGUGAGUUGUGAUAUUUUAUACGACAGGACAUGUUUCAUCGUAUAACACGUCAUCUAAAAUGUCGGUUUUUACGACCCGUAUUUUAAGCUACUGUUAAAAUUUCGUUCUUCUAAAAAAUGAUAAUUACGCGAUUAUGGGUGACAUUUUAUACGACGAAACAUGUUUGAUCGUAUAAAAUGUCAAAAGAGCCAUUGCCAUCAAAAGAAGUUGGUAUUCUACAUUGCUGCCCUCUGUUAAGUCAAUAUUUUAUCAAAAUUUAUAAAAAUUACCAUUUUUCCAAAAAGUGACAUUUUAUACGACGAAACAUGUUUAAUCGUAUAAAAUGUACGCGAGCUAGUACCAUCGUUCAUUAAUUCGUAUUUUACAUUGCUGCCCUCUGUUAAGUCAAAAUUUUGUUAAAAUUUAUGAAAGUUGCUCUUUUUCCACAAGGUGACAUUUUAUACGCUGAAAAAAAUUUUUUUUUGCUUUCCGCUCCUCUUCGCAAAAAACGUUACUACCAUAACUUCGAGUGUCUAAACAUUCUACAAAAACAUUUUCGGGCAUUCGCUGGGCCUAUUCCGCCUACCGUCGCUACUCCUUAUCGCGGCCGUUGGAGCCCCGGCCACGCGGCCGAAACUUGGACAAAUUCAACGACGACCAGCUCUUCUUCCUCAAUUUGGCGCAAAAUAUGGCCAGCUUCCCUGGGUGGGACGACUACUCCUUCAACAACAACCAUUCGCCGAAUUCCGUGCGAAUUUGGGGCUCUAUGGCCAAUUUUCCGGCGUUCGGGAGUGCUUUCAGCUGCCCCGUGGGGAGCAAUUACAACCCAAGACUAAAAUGCCCCAUCUUUAAUAUGCCUACUAAGCCAGACUUCAAUUUGAGCAGCAGAAAUAUCAGUUUGGCGUAG